GCCCGGCGAGGCCAUGCGGGUCCAGGGCCCGAGCCCGAGCCCGAGCCCGAGCCCGAGCCCGAGUCCCAGCCCCGACGCGGCGCGGCUCCCCCGGCGGAGGCGGCGGGCGCGGGGCGCGCUCUGAGGCCGGGGGAUGCGCCGCCGCCCCGACCAUGGGCGCCGCCGCCUCCCGGAGGAGGGCGCUGAGGAGCGAGGCCAUGUCCUCAGUGGCGGCCAAAGUGCGAGCAGCCCGAGCGUUUGGCGAGUACCUGUCCCAGAGUCAUCCUGAGAACCGGAACGGUGCAGACCACUUGCUGGCUGACGCCUACUCUGGCCACGACGGGUCCCCCGAGAUGCAGCCAGCCCCCCAGAACAAGCGCCGCCUCUCCCUGGUCUCCAACGGCCGCUAUGAGGGCAGCCUCUCGGAGGAGGCGGUCAGCAGGAAGCCGGCCGGUGAGGGCCCCCAGCCCCGUGUGUACACCAUCUCCGGGGAGCCAGCCCUGCUGCCCAGUCCGGAGGCCGAGGCGAUAGAGCUGGCCGUAGUGAAGGGGCGGCGGCAGCGGGAGCGGCACCCCCACCACCACAGCCAGCCCCUGCGUGCCAGCCCGGGCGGCAGCCGGGAGGACGUCAGCAGGCCCUGCCAGAGCUGGGCGGGCAGCCGCCAGGGUUCCAAAGAAUGUCCCGGAUGCGCCCAGCUGGCCCCUGGCCCCAGCCCCUCCCCUCGGGCCUUUGGGCUGGACCAGCCACCCCUGCCUGAGGCCACCAGCCACCGCAAGAAGCUGGAGAGGAUGUACAGCGUCGACCGUGUGUCUGAUGACGUCCCCGUCCGCACCUGGUUCCCCAAGGAAAACCUCUUCAGUUUCCAGACAGCCACCACAACUAUGCAAGCGGUGUUCAGGGGCUACGCGGAGAGGAAGCGCCGGAAACGGGAGAAUGAUUCCGCGUCUGUAAUCCAGAGGAACUUUCGCAAACACCUGCGCAUGGUCGGCAGCCGGCGGGUGAAGGCCCAGACGUUCGCCGAGCGGCGCGAGCGGAGCUUCAGCCGGUCCUGGAGCGACCCCACCCCCAUGAAAGCCGACACUUCCCACGACUCCCGAGACAGUAGUGACCUGCAGGGCUCUCAUUGCACCCUGGACGAAGCCUUCGAGGACCUGGAUUGGGAGACUGAGAAGGGCCUGGAGGCUGUGGCUUGUAACACUGAAGGCUUUCUACCGCCUAAGGUCAUGCUCAUCUCCUCCAAGGUGCCCAAAGCUGAGUACAUCCCCACCAUCAUCCGCAGAGACGACCCCUCCAUCAUCCCCAUCCUCUACGACCACGAGCACGCGACCUUUGAGGACAUCCUGGAGGAGAUAGAGAAGAAGCUGAACAUUUACCACAAGGGAGCCAAGAUCUGGAAGAUGCUGAUCUUCUGCCAGGGUGGUCCAGGACACCUGUACCUGCUCAAGAACAAGGUGGCCACUUUUGCAAAAGUGGAGAAGGAAGAGGACAUGAUUCACUUCUGGAAGCGGUUGAGCCGCUUAAUGAGCAAAGUCAACCCAGAGCCGAAUGUCAUCCACGUCAUGGGCUGCUACAUUCUGGGGAACCCCAAUGGGGAGAAGCUGUUCCAGAACCUCAGGAGCCUCAUGACCCCUUACAGGGUCACUUUUGAGUCCCCGCUGGAGUUGUCGGCCCAAGGGAAGCAGAUGAUUGAGACCUACUUUGACUUCCGGCUGUACCGCCUGUGGAAAAGCCGCCAGCACUCGAAGCUGCUGGACUUCGAGGACGUUCUGUGAGGGGCAAGGCCACCACCCGGCCGCUUCCUCGGGCUGGCAGCUGGAGCUUGGCCGCUGCGUCCGCACCAGACCGUGUGGGUCGUGGUCUUCACACCCUUCAGGGCCCCUCAGACGUCACUCAGGUUUCCUCGGGGUCGGGUCCUCACUGCACCACAGGCCACAGAGGCCACAGCCGCCGGCUCAGGGGGAGCUUCUGCCACCCGGCUGGCGGGCCUCAGCAGCCAGGCGCUGACUGGGCCUAGGCCUCGCCUGGAGGCUGCGGCCUUGGGGCGGCUCCUCUGCGGAGUUCAUAGAAAUAAGUGCAAUUUUCUACAGCGGUGAAACAAUUCAAAGGGAGGCAGUGUUACUGGUUAACUAGUUAAGUGCUGCGUUACUAGUUACAGCGUAGAUGACCAGCCCAGCGCGCAUUCAGGAUCCUCUCUGCUCCCAGCCCCAGCCCCCAUCCCUGCGUAUCUGAUCACCAGCACCGGGAGGCCCGCCUGUGGGGCUGGCGUCACCCGGCUGCCCGGCCUGGCCCUGUCCCGGCCGAGUCCCCGAUCUUCCGUGCUUGCGCUCCUCUUGCCACCCCGCUCAUCUGACCUCAGCCGCACCGCCUGGCAGGGGUGUGCGCAGCAGGGGAGGGCGCACCUUCCCUUCUCAGAGGAGGCGCUGGGUUGAGCCGGGCCUGCCUGCUCCCCGUCCUCCCACGCCCACCCGGUUCUCUGCUGCUGCUGUCCAGUUCAGCUUUUGUUGGCUGCGGGCUAGAGGCCUCCCCUAGUGCAGAGGCCUGGGGGCUUGGCGGGGGCCUGCCGGGGCUGGGCCCCGGUGGGCGAGAACCCCACCACAUGCUGCAUUGGGGCCUGGACCCCACAUCCCAGGCCCGAGAGCUGAGCAGCUGGUGGACUGUGGGCCCGCAGCCUUGCCUGUGCCCAGUGGGGUGGGCUCUCUUGUAUAUAGCUGGGGCUCGGGGGCAGGCCCCCCUUUGCAGAGCCUGGGUCUGAGGACACCUGAUUGUGCUCUCGGCCGAGGGUAGGGUGGAGGCGUGUGCCAGGCUCUGAACAAUGUACGAUAUCCCUUAGAGUGACCAUUAAAUCUGACCCUCUGCUGCUGCUGGCGCAUGGGUCUCCUCUCUCA